AUGGAAAUGACCUCGCUUCUCCUCCUCCUCUUCCUCAUGGGCUCCUGGGCCCAAGAGUCACCAGAGCCUAUGGCCAGUACGGAGCUACCGACCCCCGAAGUGUCCUCUCUGUCCUUGGUCCUCCAGAGCACAGAGGCCCUAGACUUCAACUCAUCAACCUCCAGCCCUGCAGAGAUAAGGGACAUCAAAGUUGAGGACAAUGACACCAGUGACCAAAAACAGACCCCACCACCUCCAACUCCCGAUGCAGGCCAGAGCACAUCUGAUCCAGGGAAUAAUCCCAACAUGACCAGCUCCAUGCCAACAGUGUCCCUGGAAGUCUCCACUGAGAAGGACCCAGAGUCCCUGGGCAUGGAGAAUUCCACCCAUCACUCUGCUGUCAACAUAGCAACUGACUCUCCUGAUCUCCACACUGUGACUGAAGGAACCAAUGCGUCCAGGGAUCAGGACAUGACCAGUGGAACCACCGGACUCCCUGUCACCACGCCUACUUACUUCUUGGACACUUCUAGCGAGACCAAGGGUCUCUCUGUCACCACGGCAAAUAACUUUCUAAAGACCCCCGGACUCUCUGUCUCCUUGACAACCAGCUCUCCAGAGAUCUCCAGUGGAACCAGUGGACACUCUGUCUCCACAGCAGCCACUUCUCUGGCCCCUUCCAAGGGGACCAGCUCCUCCGUUUCUGGGCCAAACCCGUCUGCCACCACUUUCCCCCAAAGUAGCCCCCCUCUAACCACAAGUCAGGAGAGCAGAGGAGGCCUUCUGUUCCCAGUGCUGGUGGCCCUGCUGGUGGCCAUUGUCCUCGUGAUACUGCUGCUGCUGUGGCGCCGGCGACAGAAAGGCAGGACCGGGGUCCUCAUGCUGAGCGGGGCCGGGAAGCGCAACGGGGUGGUGGACACCUGGGCUGGGCCCACGCGGGUGCCCGACGAGGAGGCCCCAGUGGCCACAGCCACGUCUUCAGAGGACAAAGACGACAAGGGUGCUGGGGUCCCCGAUAGGGAGGGCUCUGGCCGGAGGCCCACGCUCACCACUUUCUUUGGCCGACGGAAGUCUCGCCAGGGCUCUGUGGCCCUGGAGGAGCUGAAGGCCUGCUCGGACCCCAACCAUGAAGAAGAUCCGCUGGUGGGCAGUGAGGAUGUGGCGGUGGAGUCUCCCAUUUCCAAGGGGCCCGGAUCAGGAAAUGAGGAGGAAGCUCCAGAGUGACUGUGAAUUGGGAGACUGGAGGUGGGGAUUCUUCCAGCCUUUAUGCCCUCUGCUUCCUGUCACCUCUGCCACCUAGCCGUCACCAUCACCUGCCUCAGCUAGCCUGCCACCUUUAACUUCUCACCUAGUGUCUUCCCUCCGAUUCACCAUCCAACUCUGAACCCCUGAUUUUGCAGCCAGCACCCAUACUCAAGACCUACACCCAGCACCCACACUCAAGACCCACACCCAGCGUCCACACCCAAAACCCACACCCAGCACCCACACCCAGGAUCUACAUCCAUCAGUGCACCCAGCACCCCGCCCAGCACCCCAGUCAUCAUUGCACCCAGUCUCAGCACCCAGCACUCUGUCCAGCACCCCAGCCAACCCUGCACCCAGCACCUAGGCCAGGGCCUACCUCCUGAAAAGUACCUACCUCCUCCUCUCCAUCACCCAUGCCCACAACCUUUUUGGUCCUUGAAACCAGCUACCCCAACUUGGAUUUCUUCGAGGAGCUCCCCUCCACCCCUGACUCUACUCCUCAGGGCUGGCCUGGGAACUUCCACCGGGACUCCUCUGGACAGACAGCACUCAUGGGCCCGAAGACCAGGCUGUCACUUCUGGCCUCCAGGCUGACCCAGGGACAACUGUGGGGCGGAGCCCAGGGUCUCAGCUUGCCCGCCUCAGCUGGUACAGGUGGCACAGGUGAGAGAAGUUUCUGGGCAAGUGGUUUCAGAAUCCUUGUCACCUGUUAGUAGGCCUGAGGGGGAGGGGUGUGGGAUUUGGCCUAAGAAGAUGUGAGGGGCUUGGCAGCGUGAGGGUGAGACGCAAGGUCUGCAGAGAACACGUGUUCCCUGAGCUGUGGUCUCACUCUGUGGGGGCAGCCAGUCUUGGUGGCUGAGUGCGUGACCAGAACCCACGUGGCCCUUUGGCUCUGCAGCUCCUUCUACACACCCCCAUCCCUGGGACUCUGUCCCCAGCCUGUGCCUUCCCUCCUCUGAGGACAGUCAGGGGGCUUGAAGAGAUGGAGUUGCCCACAGAACAGGGGCUUCCCCUUCUUCCCCCAGAUUCUGGAACAAAGAGGAGGGGACAGACCCCCAUUGUGCCUCCCGGUGGGUGUCUGAGACCAGCUGGGGGCUGUUGGUAUUUCCCCAGGACAAAGAGGAAACUUGCAGAGGGGAAGUCGUUGAGUCACAGGGUGGUGGGGAGCAGACAGAGUGACCUACAAUGACUGGCCAGGAGGAUGACAACCACUUGGCCGCCACAGCCCGGCCUUGGCAGGAGAUGGAGAAAGUGAGUGGGUGGAUCAGUUCACACGGGGCCACUAUGCCAGGUCUGGGCUGUGCUGGUUUGGAACAACAGGUAUUGGGAGUGGGUGGGGCAGGGACGGGGACACACAGAAGGGUAGAAGCCAGCCCCUUAGAGAUGCCCCAGUCUGUUAAGCCAAGUGACACUGGUUUCAAGUUUAGAAAAUAUUGUUAAGGGGGCUGGGUGGUAGCACAGCAGGUUAAGUGCACAUGGCUCGAAGCUCAAGGACCAGCAUAAGGAUCCCGGUUCGAGUCCCCACUUCCCCAUCUGCAGGGGGUUCACUUCACAAGCGGUGAAGCAGGACUUCAGAUGUCUAUCUUUCUCUCCCCCCUCUGUCUUUCCCUCCUCUGUCAAUUUCUCUCUGUCCUAUGCACUAACAACAACAACAAUAAUAACAACAAUAGACAACAAGGGCAACAAAAGGAAAAAAAUAGCCUCCAGGAGCAGUGGAUUCGUAGUGCAGGCACUGAGCCCCAGCAAUCACCCUGGAGGGAAAAAAAAGAAAAGAAAAGAAAAGAAAAUAUUGUCAUGGGGUAUGGAAGACAGCAUAGUGGUUUUGCAAAGAGAUUCUCAUGCCUGAGGCUCCAAAGUCCCAGGUUCAAUCCUCAGCACCAUCAUAAACCAGAGCUGAGCAGUGCUCUGGUAAAAAAAAAAAAAAAGGGAGAGAUUAUCAUGGGCUGGUGGCACAUUGGGUCAAGUGCAUAUAUCACCAUGUGCAAGGACUGUGUUUAAACCCCUGCUCCCCACCUGCAGAAGGGAAGCUUCACAAAUGCUGAAGCAGGUCUACAGGUGUCUUUCUUUCCCCCUUUCUACCUCCCCCCUCCCUUCUCAAUUUUUCUCUGUCUACUAAAAAAAGUCACUGAAUUCUGCCAGUGGAUACAUAGUCAUUUUCUGUCUGUGUUCUGGACAAAUCCCAAAGGGGAUGGGUUUGUGUGGAUAAGACUCUCACAGUUCAGAGAAUAUCAGAGCCUGAGAAAAAUGUUAUAGUCUCAAAUCAAGCUGUGAGCUUCCCCCAAAGACAACCCUCUGUCCUGGGCAUGGUUUGAGAAGCUCCUCUUCCACCCCUACCCCCCCAAAUUUCAAGUUUCAGGUCACUCUAAAUCUAGGGUUUUUGGGCAGCAAUGGUGCCUGGCUUGUAGUAUUUUUUUUUUUAAUUUGUUUGAAUGAAUGAGUGGAUAAAUGAAUGACUCCUUAGAGAUUUUGAAAGAUAUAAACUAUUUUUUUUCUGGGCCAGCCAGUGGAUCACUCAGUUGAACACACUUAUUACAGUGCACCUAGUUACAGGAUCCUGGUUAAAGCCCCUGGUCCCCACCUGCAGGGGGAAAUCUUCAUGAGUGGUGAAGCAGUGCUGCAGGUGUCUCUCUGUCCCUCCAUCUCUGCCUCCCCUUCCUCUCAAUUUCGCCUCUGUCUCUAUCCAAAAACAGAAAAAGAUGAAGAAAAGAAAGAAAGAAAGGAAGGAAGGAAGAAAAAAAAAUAUGAUUUUGCCAAGCAGAUCUAGAAGGGACAGCAUAUGCCGGGGCAUGGCCAGGGGGGUUCCUCAUGAUUCAGUGUUUAGUUUGACUGUUUUGACCAGGAUGUAGCUUAGUAGUAGUGCCAGGGAUCAAACCUGGGACCCCUGGCAUGCAGGUUCCUCAAGCUACCAUUCUACUCUAGCUCAGUGCAGUUUCUUUUUUUGGACAAGUAUGGAGUGUAUAUUUUUCUUUUUUUCUUUUUUAUUGUUGUAGUUAUUAAUGCCAUUGUUAUUGGAUAGGACAGCAAAACGGAGAGAGGAGGGGAAGACAGAGAGGGGGAGAGAAAGAUAGACACCUACAGAUCUGCUUUGCUGCUGUGAAGCGACUCCCCUGCAGGUGGGCAUCUGGGGGUUCCAACUGGGAUCCUUUCGUUGGUCCUUGGGCUUUGUGCCACGUGUGCUUAACCAGCUGCACUACCACCCGACUCCCAAGAGUAUAUUUUUCAAUAAAAGCAAAGAAAGCAGUGAGUAUUGUGAGACCCAAAGGGAAAAAGAGAGAAACAGGAAGGUGACAGAGAAUACCGCUGUAAGAGAUGAUAAAAAACACUGGGGCGAGAACAAAGUGAUUUUGCAGAGGACUCUCAUGCCUGAGGCUCUGAGGUCCCAGGUUCAAUCCCAAACACCACCAAAAGCCAAAGCUGAACAGUGUGCUGGUAAAAGAAAAGAGUUCAUCAUGGAAGCAAUUACAGAAGCCAGCACCCCAUAAUGACCCAGGGUCCAUACUCCCAGAGGCAUAAAGAAUAGGGAAACUAUCAGGGGAGGGGACUGGAUACGGAGUUCUGGUGGUGGGAAUUGUGUGGAAUUGUACCCCUCUUAUCCUAUGGUCUUGUCAAUAAUUUCAUUUUAUAAAUAAAUAAAUAAAAUAAAAAGAUCUAUCACUGUCCAGUGAUGGGGAAGUGGUAUAGUGGGUAAGGCA